GUCCCUUAUCCCACCCAGCUGCGAGCCCUUAAAAGCACUGGGGAGGAAUAGAGCUGUGCUGGUUGGAAUGGCUUCAGGGGAGCAGAGGAGGCAGGAGGAGCGGCGCCGGCGCAGGGCUCAGCAGCAGGAGCUGCAGGUGGCAGAGAGCCUGGGCAAGCACCCACUGCACAACAGGUGGGCCCUGUGGUUCUUCAAGAAUGACAAGAGCAAGAUGUGGCAGGCCAACCUGCGCCUGGUCACCAAGUUCAGCACGGUGGAGGACUUCUGGGCACUGUACACCCACAUCCAGCUGGCCAGCAAGCUGACGUCAGGCUGUGACUAUUCCCUCUUCAAGGACGGCAUCGAGCCCAUGUGGGAGGACAGCCAGAACAAGCGUGGUGGGCGCUGGCUCAUCACCCUGGCCAAGCAGCAGCGGCACACGGAGCUGGACCGCUUCUGGCUGGAGACGCUCCUGUGCCUCAUCGGGGAGAUGUUCGAUGAGUACAGCGAUGAGGUGUGCGGGGCCGUCAUCAACAUCCGCGCCAAGGGAGACAAGAUCGCCAUCUGGACCCGGGAGGCGGAGAACCGGGAGGGUGUCACGCACAUCGGGCGCAUCUACAAGGAGCACCUGGGGCUGUCGCAGAAGGUGGCUAUCGGGUACCAGGCGCACGCGGACACGGCCACCAAGAGCGGCUCCCUCACCAAGAACAAAUUUGUCGUGUGAGCAUGGGGGGCGGGACCCCUCUGCCCGACCCCACAAUGAAUGGCUGCAGCUCA